AUGGCACAGAAUGACAAUGGUAGUUCAGAGCAGCAGGUGCCCCUGGGCUUCAGAGGCUGGUUUUAUGACCUCAUCCAGAUGGCCACAGCAGCUCUCGCUGGCCUGUCUACUGCCCACCAUUGUCCCGCGUCGUCGUCUUCCUGGAAGUCGGCUAAGUUUGGACGGAGGGCUGUGGACUAUGGCACACACUCCAGCUCCCCUGCUCCUGAGCUGGCAGCUCUACUGGGCUCUGUAGGCGGACCCGAGGCUUCUGCCCCUUCCAUCGUGUCAAGAGCUGCAUAUGGCUCCACUGCAGGCUAUGGCUCUGCUGGAAGCUGCAGAGGGGGAGGGCCAGUGCUGUUCAGAGACGUGUGUGUAGACUUCACCUGGAAGGAAUGGCAGCUGCUGGAUGUCACCCAGAGGCUCCUGUACAAGGAUGUGAUGCUGGACAACUACCGGCACCUGCAUGCACUGGGGCUCUGUGUGACCAAACCUCAGUUGAUAUGCAAGCUAGAACGAGAGGAGGAGCCGUGGAUAAUGGAGAGAGAACCCCCGAGUCACAGCCACUCAGGAACGCCCAACAUGGGCACCGGCGAGGACAGUGCCUCCCAGGAGCCAUACCCGACUUCCAACAAGAGAAAGAGCCCAGGAGAUAAAAAGCCUAAAGGUAGUAAAGAUGAGAAGACCUUUCUCCCAAAGUCUGAGCGCACUCCACGUGGGAGGUCACGCUUGGAGAGAGCCCCUGAGGAGGGUGAGGGGAGUGGGGGCACACGCAAGGCUGGAAAGCAAGGCACCACCCCAGGACGGAAGACCCAUGACUGCAGUCGCUGUGGGGAAAGCUUCGGAAGCAAAGCAGGCCUUACCCAACACCAGAGCACACACACAGGGAAGAAAGCCUUUGAGUGCAGCGAGUGUGAGAAAUCCUUCUCAGUGAAGUCCAACCUCACAGAGCAUCAGAGAACUCACACGGGAGAAAAGCCGCACAGCUGCCAGCAGUGUGGGAAGUCGUUCUGCCAAAAAUCGGCACUCACGGUUCAUCAGAGAACUCACACCGGAGAGAAGCCAUACAAAUGCAGCGAGUGUGGGAAACGCUUCUGUGUGAAAUCAAACCUCACUCAGCAUCGGAGGACCCACACAGGAGAGAAACCUUAUCAAUGCAGCGAAUGCUCCAGGUCUUUCGGCGUGAAAUGCAACCUCAUCGUGCAUCAGAGAACUCACACAGGAGAAAACCCCUACAAAUGCCCCACGUGUGGGAAAACGUUCCAUGAAAAGUCAGCCCUCACAAAACACCAGCGAAUUCAUACUGGGGAAAAGCCCUAUGAAUGUAACGAAUGCGGAAAAAACUUCAGCCAGAGGUCAGCCCUCACAAAACAUCAGAGAAAAACACACAAGAAGAAAACAUCCACCAGUACCUUCCCUGUGCAGAAAGAAUCCUGCCACCAGCCAAAUGCACUGACCACUAGCAAAACCAGAGCGCAGAAACCUUGA